AUGUUCCCAGUGCUGAGAGGUCUCGCUCUCCAGCUGCACUCUGCUGUCACAGGCAGCUACCUCUCUGGGACCCACUCCAUUGCCUUCAUCAACUGUCUCAACGAGCAGAUUGCCAAGGAUAUAGCAAGGGCCAUCAUGGACAAGAAGCUGGCUGCCUGUGUGAACAUCCUGCCAAAGAGCUCGGCCUUGUCUUUCUGGAAAGGAGAACUGGAAGAAUCCACUGAAAUACUGCUGUUAGUCAAAACAAGGACUUCCAAAAUAGGCGAAUUGUCCAACUACGUCAGAUCCAUCCAUCCCUUUGAAAUCCCCGAAAUCAUCAGCCUGCCUAUCGACCAAGGAAACCCUCUCUACCUCAAAUGGAUAGAGGAAAGCGUCCCACGUUUUUGCCCCCGGGCUGAGCCGUGCCCAGCUGGGCUGCUCUCGCUGCGCCCGCGGGAGGUGCCCACACGGGGGAUGCGGCUGCUGUCCUUACGG